AACGAGAAAAUUAAUUUUUCGGUUCUUCUUUCGCCUUUUUCGCUCGAGGAGAACCGCCCCAAGGCAUCAUCUUCCAUUUUCCUCCAUAAAAUUUCUCCACCUCGUCGGGAACGGAGCUGAUUCCACCCCUUCCUCUCUCUCCCUCUCUCCGCCAUCUUCAUCUUCACCGUCGUCGAGCAAUCGGAACGGGGACGAACCCUUCGACUGCUGCUUUUGGAGGGCCCGAGUUCUUCUUCUCUUCACUUGAGUGUUAGAUCGUCGAAGAUGAUGGUUUAUGAAGGGUUCAAGGACAUUCUCAAGAUUCAGAAGUUCAGGAGGUUCGUGGGUUACUCUGUGUUCUAUUGCUUCACUGCCGUCUUGAGCUACGCUUACACCAACAACACUACUAGAGCUGGGUAUUCUAGAGCAGACCAGUAUUAUGCGGCUUACCCGGCUGGAACCGAGUUGUUGGGUGAUUCUGAUAAGUUGUACAAAGCCGCUCUUGGCAAUUGCUUCGAAGCAGAAGAGUGGGGUUCCAUUGAGUUCUGCAUCAUGUCCAAGCACUUCGAGCGCCAAGGAAAAGCGCCAUAUGCGUAUCAUGCUCAAUAUAUGGCACACCUUCUCUCCCUUGGACAACUAGAUGGAUCUGGAUAGAGGGAAAAUGCUGAUACUGCGGGAUUUAUUUGUUGGACUGUGUAAAGAUUAAGUUGAGGAUAGAGGGAACAUCUUUCUGUUUGGAUUUGUUAAAAAUUGUAAAACCAAGAGCCCGUGGCUUAGUUUUAUGAUUAAUAUGCUGAAUGGUAUUAGUUUCAUCAUCUAAUAGUUCCGAAAAUUAAGUUUUAAAUAAAGAGUAUGAUUUGAUCGUGCUA